UCUGUGCUAAACUUUUGUGUUAAUAACAUGGCGCGCUUGCUUUUUGUGCUGUUUGCUGCGCUGCUGAUAAGCGGCAGCCAAAGUGCCAAUAUACUGGGAGUGUUUACAAGCUUAAGUCCCAGCCAUUUGAUAUUACAAAUGUCCAUGGCUAAGGUGCUGGCUGAAGGUGGACAUAAUGUUACAGUCGUAACUGCAAUGAAGCCGCCAAUAAUGCAUAAGGAUAUUCACUUAGUGCAAGUGCCCACAAGUGAGCAGACGAUGCAGGAAUUGAAUUCGAUUAUUGGCAGCAUGGCGGGCAGAGACAAUAGCAACAUGUUGGUCUCACUCUUCAAGAGCCUGGGACAAAUGACAUUUAUGUUUGAUCUAAUGCGAGAUACCAUGGCGCAUCGGCUGGUGCGUAAUCUCUACGAGCAGCAGUCGACAAAGUUUGAUUUGGUCAUCAUUGGCAGCUUUAUGAAUAACUAUCAAAUUGGCUUAGCGCACAAGCUUAAAGCGCCAGUUGUGCUAAUAUCGCCCAUGCCAGCGAAUCCGAUGUUUGAUCUAAUGAUAGGUAAUCCCACUUCGUUGUCCUAUGUCCCCAUAACGCCUACGAAUCUGGAACCUGGACAAGGUUUGAGUCUUAUGCAGCGGAUAAAGAAUUUUGUGGGCAAUUAUGCUUUCAAAAUCUUUAUCUACAUCAUUGAGAACAAUAAUAAGCGUUAUUAUAGUGAACUCUAUGGAGACGAUCCUAGCAUGCCCGACUAUGCUGAGCUUACCAAAAAUGUUUCCAUGAUCUUUUGCAACUCGCAUGGCUUAAGCGAAGGUCCCAUACGCGCUGCUGUGCCUGCUCUGGUUGAAGUGAGUGGACUGCAAAUCAAAGACACACCCGAUGCGCUGCCCCAAGAGAUGGCUGAGUUCAUUAGCAAAGCUAAGCAUGGCGCCAUUCUGUUAAGCUUGGGCUCCAAUGUUAAAGGCGAACAUAUUAAACCCGAUACGGUAACCAAAAUGUUCAAUGUGCUGUCCAAGCUGAAGCAGCGUGUAAUCUGGAAAUGGGAAGAUCUAAGCAAUGUGCCUGGCAAGUCGCCCAAUAUACUCUACUCCAAGUGGCUGCCCCAGGAUGACAUUCUGGCCCAACCCAAUCUGAAGCUCUUCAUUACACACGCUGGCAAGGGCGGCAUAACAGAAGCCACUUAUCAUGGCAAGCCCAUGCUGGCGCUGCCUGUAUUCGGAGAUCAGCCCAACAAUGCAGAGAAAAUGGUCAAGAGUGGCUUUGGCCUCAGCUUGAGCUUACUCACGCUCGAGGAGCAGCCAUUCCAGCAAAGCUUAGACGAAGUUCUCAACAAUCCGAUGUAUGCUGACAAAGUCAAAGCUUUCUCCGCGCUCUAUCGCGAUCGUCCGUUGACCGCACGCCAGAGCGUUCUCUACUGGACCGAAUAUGUGCUGCGUCAUCAUGGAGCGCAGCACAUGCAAAGCCCAUUGGUGCACAUGGGCAUUAUCGCCGCCAACAAUUUGGAUGUCUAUGCCUUGUUGUUGGCACUGCUGAUAGCGCUGCUAUUUUUAGCUAAAUGUUUUAUCAAAUUUGUUUAUAAAAAGUGCACAGGCAAAGCAAAACAAGUUAAGAAAGCUAAAAAACAUUGAGUCGUAUUUAUAAUGUAAAUACAAUUAUAAGUUA